AUGCUAAUGGGCGAUGCAGAGAAUCUAAGUCUGGUUCUGCCACAACGCCUGGAUGCGGUGGGAGUUUGGGACGGGACGCAGGCCACUGUCUUCCAGCACCGUGGCCCCGUAUUCCACAAAUUAGCAACGGCCAGGCGCAAAGGCGCUCUUGUGCUCACGACAGAGGAGACCGUAUAUGCCCUGCUGAGGACGAAAUUCGCCCUAUUCCAUAAGGACACGCUGGAAAGGGUGACUGCGGAAGAGUUACUUCGAGGAAUAGUUGCUUCUAGAGAAUUCGAACGGCUCCUUAGGGUACACGUCUACCUCGCAGUUGUCGCACAGGGUACAGCGGUUGAAAGAAUAUCAAAGAAUGCUGAUAUUGCCAGCCUAGACUGCUCAGCGCCAUGCGUCCAUGGUGACGAACAGCGACAAAAUCAAGCAGCAGCACAUGCAUCGCACCGUACAAUUGAUCCGUCAUCGCACGGCGGAACAGCGCUCGACCCGGAUGAGGCAAUAACCGCCACCAUUUCAAACAAUACUCGAGACGGUGGCGACGAUAAUGAACACAACGGUGGCAAUUGCGCAUCGCCAUCUGACCCUGCUGCGUUACAGGCGGAACCCUUGACUGGCUCCUCUACCCGUUUGCCAAAUCCGACAAAUGGGAAGCCUUGGCCAGAUAUAGAGACACUGAAUGACGCGUUGCAAAGAAUAGAACUCGAUGGCGCGAAAUGCAUGCCGCACGAACUGUUGCAAAAGUUCAGGGAUAUAUGCGGAACAAUAUACCCGGUGGAGCCUGUAACCAUCGACGCCCCAAUCUUCGCUAUUGAGGGGGCACCAGUCUACGCGGUUACCGCCGAUACAAUGUGCUCAAAACUGCUUGGGAGCAGCGCGACAGGCAUCAAGUGCAACUACGGGCAUUCCGACGACGGAGCUUGCCUCGAUGCAACCAGCAAUCACGGAACAAAAACCUUCAGCGAAACCGAGGCUGCUGAAAAGGGUAUGGGCCAAAUAUCGCAGUGCAAAGCACGUCAGGCAGGUGUUCCAAACGGCAAUGACAGCUGCACUAUGGAUGGUGCGGGCCCGGUAGGAGCCAAUGGGAGAUGCGUAGUGGCGGUGUCGAACUUCGACACCGUGUACUUCCUCGACGUAAAAAACAAUAUAACAUAUUAA